GCGUCCAGUGUAGCAGACGUCUGCUACAAGCUUGACGGCGCCUGGAUACCGUCCACGACCACAGCCUACCCACGGGGUGGACCCCCAGCCAUUCGGCGCGCGGGCACGCUCCUGAUUCCGUGCCCCACGGGCUGGUACAAUACCCACCCAGGGUAAACCACCCGGCUAAUUCAAUUAUUCGGCUAUCGGGACGGUCGGAACUUAUAACCACAGGAGGAGGGGCGGAGAUCGGAGUCUGUGCUAUAGCAUAGUACGUGUUUGAUUAAAUUUUAAUUGAUUCGUGUUUCAGUCAAGACACGGACGGAUAACUUAUAAAUUGUGUUGUGUUUAAGUUGUGUUUAAGCGCCAGGUUUUAGAUGCGUUUAUCUUUUUCGAAAUCCGUGAAAAAAAAUUCAAGAAAUAUUUCAAGAAAUUUGAUUGUCAAUUGCUGCUAAUUAUCGUGGAUUUUAAUUUAAUGAUCAGAAAAUGCACCCUGUAACUACACUAACUAUUCUCGCCACGGAUAAUUAGAUUACACCGAAGAUGGCGUACCACCCCUACAUGUAUCAGAGGUCUGCCGACUUCCAAGGUCAAUCGACCCACCCCUCGCAGUUCCUGCCCUCGAGGGUGACGCCCUUCUCCUUCCCCAUCGGGGCGCCCUUCUCCAUCAACGCUGGGGCGGCCCACACUGCGGGGGUGGCGGCCUACUGCCAGAAUCCUGGCGCCCUCAACACCCUGCCCAGUUUCCUGUUGGCGGACUAUAUGUCACACCCGGAGUACUAUAGAACACUCAGAGCCGCGGCGGGAUUCGAACCCAAGGACGACGGGCGUGAAGGACAACCCUAAAGCUGAGCUGGGACGGGAUGAACCUCUG